GUUUCCCUUAAACAAAAAACUCUCGACAGUCAUCAUCAUCACUUCCAUCCCCCCCGUUCACUGGCAAGAAUAUCCUCGUCCUAAUUGCGCCAGCCUCGUGCCAAUUCUUCCAUUGGAUUCUUGGCAGACUUGUCAAAAUCACCUCUGCUCCGUCCAUCUGGUUAAAUCCCGCCGUUUCUGUUGGGGAUUUCCCAGUCGUCGGCGCCGCCUGUUUUCGUGCUGGGUUUGCUUUUGUUCGCCGUCUCUUUCUCCCCACUUCUUCGUGGCCCCUCUCACCGUCGUUUGCGUGCUGUUCUUCCUUCCUGCCUGCCUGUGCCUGCCCAGCUAGAUUGAUUGAUCUGUAUCUCUCCCCUACUUCCCGCUCAUCGAUUCAAUCGCAGAUUGGUUGCAGGGGAGGGGAAGGGAGGAGCGCCGAUGGCGGAGCUGGUGGGGCCGCGGGUGUACAGCUGCUGCCAUUGCCGGAACCACGUCUGCCUCCACGACGACAUCAUUUCCAAGGCCUUUCAGGGAAGGAAUGGCCGUGCAUUUCUGUUUUCUCAUGCUAUGAACAUAUCUGUGGGGACUAAGGAGGAUAGGCAACUCAUGACUGGCCUUCACACGGUUGCUGAUAUCUACUGCCGUGAUUGCCGCGGAGUAUUGGGAUGGAAAUACGAGAGAGCUUAUGAGGAGUCGCAGAGAUACAAGGAAGGGAAGUUCAUAUUUGAAAAAGCAAAGAUUGUUAAAGAAAAUUGGUAGUGAUUAAGGAUUUGGCUGUCAAAACUUAAUUGUGAAAGAUGUGAUUGAUGUCCUUGUACAUAGCUGUCGGCUGCGACCUGUAGGUUCCAAUAUUUUGGCUGUGUGAUUGUGUUCAUGCUAUUUGUAAUCUGGGCUCCGUUACAGUUCAUUUCUGUGAAGAAGACAGAUGUGUGCUUAUCUGUUUGGUAACUGUUGUCAUCAUUCAUAAAUGAAUGAGUUGCUCUUUGUUAUUCU